AAGGCAAAAAGUAAAUAAACAAAUAAAAAGUAUAACAAGAAAGUGAUUGCAAAAAACCUUGUAAAAAUAACAACAUAUCUAUUUACUAAAUAUUCGAUGAGCUCCAAGGAACUUUAUUCGAUACGAGAAUGGGCGCCUUUAACGGAUGUAAUGGAAAAGAUACCUGUGCAUACGAUACGCUCACUUGGAAUUUUUCCGGCCGAUUUGAAUAUAACUUGCGUCGAUGCAAUUACAGAGUUUUUGGCACUGGGUAGUGAUGCUGGCAUAGUUUUAUGGUAUGAUCGGUACACCGGCGAACUGCAGAAGUUACGCACAGAGUUUGCUGCACGCAUUACCUGCGUGAAAAUUGUCGAUUCGGUUGAAUAUAUGGUAGCAGCGGGCAAUGCUAGUGGCCAAGUAAGCGUAUUUCAAAUACAAAAGCAACUACCGCCAGAUCUGAAUUUAGUGGCUAAAUCAUGAGUUAAAUUUUCCCCGAACCGGCUCACUUUUCACUUUUGGUU